AUGUCUACUGAUUCAAACACUGUUGUUCUUAUUAUUGGUGGUGGCCUUGGAGGUCUUGCACUUGCUCAAUUGAUAUCACAAAGUUCAUCUUCGGUCAAAGUAUUGAUAUUCGAACGUGAUGAAAACGAAUAUGUACGUGAUCAAGGCUAUUGCAUUGGUAUUGAUCGUACGGGACUUGAAGUAUUAACCAAAAUUCGAGUGCUUGAUCAUUUAUUAUCUGAUGAGUCUGGUUCAUGCAGUAUUUUAUCAUCUUUUCAAAUUCUUAAUCAGUAUUUACAAAAACUAUUAGCCCUCAAAGCCGAUGAUAUUAAAUUAAUCUAUCGUGAACAUCUUCGACGAGCCUUAUUAACAAACCUUGAUGUUCAGUGGAACAAACGGUUUGUGUCGUACAAAAUGCUCGACAAUGGUGUUGAAGCAACUUUUCACGAUGGUACAUCUGUUCAUGGAACUAUUCUGAUUGGCUGUGACGGAGCAAGAUCAUUAGUUCGUGCUCAACUUAUUCCCGGAUUUGAACGAACUGAUCUUCGUAUCAUAAAUUGUGCUGGUACUGUUGAACAAAGCGACGAUAUGAAAAAAAUCCGUCAAUUGGUCCAUGAUAGUUUGGUACGAAUAUUAGGUAGACAAGGACAUUCAAUGCUUAUAUUACCUUUUCGACAAUUAUGGAUAUGGUCCCUCUCAUGGCCAGAGAAAGAAGAUCACGAAGAGAGAAAUACUUCGCCAACCCAAUUAGUCGAGAAAGUUCGUCGUCAUUUUGACAAUGAAGAACUUGUUCGGUUUAUUGAACGUAGUACACCAUCAUCACAUCUUGCUCCGUUUCGAAUGCAUUCUGCGCUCUGUUUGAAACAAAAUCCAUUUCCGAACAAUCCUCGAGUUACACUCCUCGGUGACGCUGCUCAUCCAAUGACAACACAAGCAGGAAAAGGUGCGAAUACCGCUUUUGCUGAUGCCUUCGAUCUUGCCAAUCUACUUAUAAACCCAUCCUCAUCGUCUCUAUCAGAAUACGAACAAAAAAUGUUCAAACGUGGUUUUGCCGCUGUUAAAAUGUCACUCUCCAAUACAAAAAUGAUUCAUCUGACUGGUUGGUCAGCUCUACUACGUAAUUCUAUACUUUCUAUCAUUGGGUAUACGAUGGCAUUGAUCAGUAUAAUUACGACACCAUUUCGUUGGUACAGAAAAAAACAUGAUUAA